AUGAAGCAUCUCACUGCCUCUGAGGUUCGUUCGACGUUCAUCGAAUUCUUCCGUGAGAAGAAAAACCACACCUAUGUUCAUUCAUCGUCGGUUAUCCCACACGAUGACCCAACACUGUUGUUCGCCAAUGCUGGAAUGAACCAGUUCAAACCACUCUUUCUCGGAAUUGCUGACCCAAACAGUGACUUGGCAAAACUGAAAAGAGCUGUUAACACCCAAAAAUGCAUCCGAGCUGGUGGAAAACACAACGAUUUGGAUGAUGUUGGAAAGGAUGUCUACCAUCAUACAUAUUUUGAGAUGCUUGGAAAUUGGUCAUUCGGAGACUACUUCAAAAAAGAGAUUAUCACAUGGGCCUGGGAACUCCUUACUACUGUUUACGGAAUUCCAGCCGAGCGUCUGUACGUUUCAGUUUUCGGAGGAGAUGAGGCAAAUGGGGUUCCAGCUGAUUCCGAAGCCCGCGAGAUUUGGAGGUCUGUUGGAGUCCCAGAGGAAAGAAUUUUGAACUUUGGAAUGAAAGACAACUUCUGGGAGAUGGGAGAUGUUGGACCAUGCGGUCCCUGCUCUGAGAUUCAUUAUGAUCGAAUCGGAAAUCGUGACGCCUCUCAUCUUGUCAAUGCCGAUGAUCCAAUGGUGGUUGAAAUCUGGAAUCUCGUCUUUAUUCAAUUCAAUCGUGAGGAAGGAGGAGCUUUGAAAUCUUUGCCAGCCAAGCACAUUGACUGCGGUCUUGGACUUGAGCGUUUGAUCGCCGUAAUGCAAGACAAGACCAGUAACUACGAUACGGACAUUUUCCAACCAAUCUUCGAGGAAAUUACCAAAAAAAGCGGUGUUCGCGCUUACACUGGACACAUUGGAGACGAAGAUAAGGACGGAGUUGAUAUGGCGUACCGUGUUGUGGCUGACCACAUCAGAACUCUUACCAUUGCACUUUCUGAUGGAGGGCGUCCUGACAACUCGGGAAGAGGUUAUGUUCUUCGCCGUAUUCUUCGUCGUGGCGUUCGUUAUGCUACUGAAAAAUUAAAUGCUCAGCCCGGAUUCUUCGCUGCCCUAGUUCCUGUUGUUAUCUCUAUUCUUGGAGACACUUUCCCGGAACUCAAGCGCGAUCCAGUCACAGUUAUGGAUAUUAUUAACGACGAGGAGAAACAAUUUUUGAAGACAUUGUCUCGUGGACGUGUUCUCUUCCAACGCGCCGUCGAUUCUCUUCCAGCCGGAACAAAAACUUUCCCAGGAGAUAUCGCAUGGAGAUUAUACGAUACCUACGGAUUCCCGGCUGAUUUGACCCAGUUAAUGGCUGAAGAAAAGGGACUUUCCGUGGAUGAAACUGCAUUCGAAGACGCUCGUAAGAAGGCUAUCGAAACUUCUUCGGCUGGAGCCGGCAAGUUCCGCGACACUCUUGAUUUGGAUGUUCAUGCUUUGGCUGAAUUGCAACAAAAGGGAAUUCCAACCACUGAUGAUUCACCAAAGUAUGCUUAUUCAUUCACCGGAGAAGGCUCUGAAGCUGUCUACAAAUUCGAGCCAUGUGUCGGAAAAAUUCUUGCUAUCCGUCGGGACGGCAAGUUUGUGGAUCAGCUAGUUGCUGGAGAAGAGGGCGCCGUCCUUCUCGAUCGUACCAACUUCUAUGCCGAACAAGGAGGUCAAAUUUAUGACGUUGGAGUCUUGAGUAAAUCAGGCGAUGAGUCAAAUGAAUUCAACGUUAGCAAUUGUCAAGUUCGCGGAGGAUAUAUUGUUUUGGUUGGUUCCGCCGAAGGCAGCUUCUCUGUUGGAGAUAAUGUCAAUCAACGUUUCGAUGAGGACCGAAAACAAUUGAUCAUGAAGAACCACACAGGAACACACGUGCUCAACUAUGCUUUGCGCAAAGUUCUAGCUGAUUCUGAUCAAAAGGGAUCUCUUGUUGCUCCGGACCGUAUGAGAUUCGACUUCACUAACAAGGCCGCUAUGACUCCAGAACAAGUCAAGCAAGCUGAAGAAUACGCCCAACAGUUGAUUAAUGCUAAAGGACAAGUUUAUGCUAAGAAUUCUCCUCUUGAAGAUGCAAAGAAAAUUAACGGCCUUCGUGCGAUGUUCGAUGAAACUUAUCCAGAUCCUGUUCGAGUUGUUGCUGUUGGAACUCCAGUUGAACAACUUCUUCAGAAUCCAGAAGCCGAGGCAGGACAGAACACAACCGUCGAGUUUUGCGGUGGAACUCAUCUCCAAAACGUUUCACAUAUCGGUCGGAUUGUUAUUUCUUCUGAAGAAGCUAUUGCUAAAGGAAUUAGACGUAUCGUCGCCUUGACAGGCCCUGAAGCCGAUAGAGCUAUCGCUAGAGCUGAGCGCCUCGAAGCCAGACUCGUAGACGAAUCAAAGCAUGCCAAGAAUCAGGAAAUUCUCUCCAACAAGGACAAAUUCAAGGAGCUUCAAAAGAAAAUACAAGAGAUCGUCGAUGAGGCCAACGGUGCUCAGCUUCCAUACUGGCGCAAGGAUGCACUUCGGAAGAAGGCCAAGGAUGUUCAGAAGGACAUGGAUGGUUACUCAAAAGCCCAACAAGCUGCCGUUGCCGAGAAAGUUCUCGGAGAAGCUAAAGAACUCGCCGCUGCCGCAGAACAACCACCUGUGCUUGUACAUGUAUUCGCAUCAAACGCUAACAGCAAAGCCAUUGAUAACGCUCUGAAACUGCUUAAGGACACUAAGGCUGUGAUGGCAUUCUCAGUAAAUGAAGAUACCGGAAAGGUUUUGUGUCUUGCUAAGGUUGACAAGAGCUUGGUCAGCAAUGGAUUGAAAGCCAACGAGUGGGUCAAUGAGGUGUGUACCAUUCUCGGAGGAAAAGGUGGUGGUAAGGAAGCCAAUGCUCAGUUGACCGGAGAAAAUGUGGACAAGUUGGAUGAUGCUGUGGAGCUGGCUCAGAAGUUCGCACUUGCUGCUAUCAACUAA